AUUGCAAAAACUUACAUUCAUUAAUAUGGUUUUCCAGGCGCGGUCGCACUUACAGCAGCGCCAAUACUGAUUCUCGAGUGAAUAGUCGCCAAAGCCGUUGAAAUCCAAAUGGGCAAGAAGGAAAAGAAUGAGAAAGCCAAAGAACGAAGAGAAAAGAGAUUGCAAGAGAUACAGCUUUUAAGGUCCAUUCCUUAUUCACAUCACCAAAGGUGGUGGUCGAAGGAAACUAUAGCUGUGGUUACCGGCGGAAACAGAGGAAUUGGGUUUGAGAUUUGCAGACAACUUGCUACUCAUGGAUUGACUGUUGUACUCACAUCAAGAGAUGCUAGUGCUGGUGCUGAAUCCAUUAAGGUUUUGCAAGAAGAUGGUUUUGAUGUGGUUUACCAUCAACUUGACAUAGUCGACGAUUCAUCCAUCAACCAAUUCGUCGAGUGGUUGCAAGAAAGUUAUGGUGGUUUAGAUAUUCUGGUAAACAAUGCUGGUGUUAAUUUCAAUCUUGGGUCUGAUAACUCUGUUGAAAAUGCUUACAAGGUUAUCAAAACAAAUUAUUAUGGCAUUAAAAAUUUGACUCAAGUCCUUAUUCCAUUGAUGAAACCAUCUGCCGUUGGUGCUCGAAUUGUAAAUACUAGCUCACGUCUAGGUCGACUUAAUGGAAGACGGAAUAGAAUCAGCAAUGUAGAAUUGAGAGAUCAACUGAGUGAUCUCGAGGUUCUUUCAGAGGAACUGAUUGACAGAACUCUAUCUGCAUUUUUACAACAAGUAGAAGAUGGAAGUUGGACAUCAGGUGGGUGGCCUCAAAUAUAUACUGAUUACUCAGUGUCGAAACUUGCUGUUAAUGCUUAUACAAGGCUUAUGGCAAGGAAGCUUUCGGAGCGACCAGAAGGUCAAAAGAUUUAUAUUAACUGCUAUUGCCCGGGUUGGGUAAAGACAGCUCUCACAGGUUUUGCAGGGAACAAUACUGUUGAGGAAGGUGCUGAUACUGGAGUAUGGCUUGCCCUUCUGCAUGACCAAACAGUUAUGGGAAGUUUUUUUGCCGAGAGACGGGAAAUUAACUUUUAAUAGUUUUGUCAAAAUGCGGUGAUGAACUAUUCCAUGGGGUUAUGGCAUAGUAGAAUUUGUGUGCGCUAUGGCAUAGCGGAGUUUAAGGCAGCUGUCAUAGACUACAACAACUGUUGUAAUUGUCAUGUCUCUUCCAUAGUUCACAGCAGCAUUUUAUAGGGUGGAUUUUGUCAUGCCAUAAAUCAAGGUAAGGAAAGAAAUAUGUAAAUCUGUCUGUUGGCAUUAGUUUGACAGCAGGUUCAAAGUUUCUUUGUUUGUACAAUAUAGUUAUCAGUGGCAAGCUAAUUCUUUUGAAUUUUGUAUGCUUUCAAAGUUGUAAUAGUAAUUUUAUUAUUGACACGGAA